AUAAUCUGGGCCGCCCAAUCGGCUUGCUUGCCAAAUCGAACGUUCUCUUAAGAACAAGGUUCGUAAACAACAUACCUACUGCCCGCACCGUAUUAUUUCUCACUGCCUCUGCCCGAGCUUAACAAGCUGCCUCGGUUGAUAUCGGCACUUCAACUCGGCGGGAUCGAAGAAGUCUGAAUCUCCGUUGAUUAGAUAUAGAUUGUUGAAAGACUUGAGCUGCAGCUUUUCCUUGUACUUGUUUAAAAUGCCGAUUGAGAGGAUUCUCAAAGAUGAUGCCACUGAAGAAAAGGGUGAGCGAGCUAGAAUGGCAUCCUUUGUUGGCGCAAUGGCAAUUGCUGACUUGGUGAAGACAACCUUAGGGCCUAAGGGAAUGGAUAAAAUUUUACAGUCAACAGGAAGGGGACACAACGUUACUGUCACAAAUGAUGGUGCUACAAUCUUGAAGUCCCUUCAUAUUGAUAACCCUGCAGCUAAAGUCCUUGUUGACAUUUCAAAAGCUCAAGAUGAUGAAGUUGGAGAUGGGACAACCUCAGUAGUUGUUUUGGCUGGGGAGCUUUUGAGGGAGGCAGAAAAGUUGGUAGCUGUAAAGAUUCACCCGAUGACAAUAAUCUCAGGCUAUCGGAUGGCUGCUGAAUCUGCUCGUAAUGCUUUGCUGCAGAAUGUGAUGGAUAAUAAAGAGGAUCCAGAUAAAUUCAAGGCAGACCUGAUGAAAAUUGCAAUGACUACUUUGAGUUCCAAAAUACUCUCCCAGGACAAGGUUCAUUUUGCCGCAUUGGCUGUUGAUGCUGUUGUGAGGCUAAAGGGAAGCACAAACUUGGAGGCCAUUCAGAUUAUUAAGAAGCCUGGAGGAUCACUAAAAGAUUCAUUUUUAGAUGAAGGAUUCAUUCUGGACAAGAAAAUUGGUAUAGGUCAACCAAAACGGAUUGAAAAUGCAAAGAUCUUGGUAGCAAAUACUGCAAUGGACACGGAUAAAGUAAAAAUCUAUGGUGCUCGUGUUCGUGUUGAUUCAAUGUCUAGGGUUGCUGAAAUUGAAGGGGCUGAGAAGGAAAAGAUGAGGGAGAAAGUUAAAAAGAUUAUAGCUCAUGGAAUUAAUUGCUUCAUUAACAGACAGUUGAUCUACAAUUUUCCUGAGGAACUCUUUGCUGAUGCUGGAAUACUUGCAAUUGAGCAUGCUGAUUUUGAUGGGAUUGAGCGCCUGGCGCUAGUUACUGGAGGUGAGAUUGCAUCAACAUUUGACAAUCCAGAAUCGGUUAAACUUGGGCAUUGUAAGCUGAUUGAAGAAAUUAUGAUUGGGGAGGACAAGUUGAUACACUUCUCAGGUGUUGAAAUGGGUCAGGCAUGCACAAUAGUGCUGAGGGGGGCUAGCAACCAUGUGCUUGAUGAAGCUGAAAGAUCUCUGCAUGAUGCCUUGUGUGUGUUGUCUCAGACAGUAAACGACAGCAGGGUUUUGCUUGGUGGUGGAUGGCCUGAGAUGGUCAUGGCAAAGGCGGUUGAUGAGCUAGCCCGUAAGACUCCUGGGAAGAAAUCUCAUGCCAUUGAAGCCUUCUCGCGGGCACUCAUAGCCAUUCCAACUACCAUUGCUGACAAUGCUGGUUUGGACAGUGCUGAGUUGGUUGCACGGCUCCGAGCAGAGCACCAUAAGGAAGGAAGCACUGCUGGGAUUGAUGUCAUCUCUGGAUCUGUGGGAGAUAUGGCAGAGCUUGGGAUAAGCGAAUCUUUCAAAGUCAAGCAGGCCGUGUUGCUCUCCGCCACUGAGGCUGCUGAGAUGAUCCUCAGAGUUGAUGAGAUCAUCACCUGUGCCCCACGGAAAAGAGAAGACAGGAUGUAAUCGAAGUCCUUUGACCCAUUUGAGGACCUUCUCUUUGUAGUCCGUUCCUGCUUCUUGGCAUUUGUUGUGAUCGGUGUGAGUAUUGAACUUUGUACAACUGGAUUAAUUAUGAAGCUUCAGAAAGUCAAGAUCUACGCAAUUUUGUUAGAUUUUGUUUGGAAUGAGAUUGAUAUAAAGGAUUUGUUUAAUUUACUGGAGACAUUGGCCAUUUGAAUGUUUAUUGGCAUUCGUGAGUAAAGCUCAAAUGUUUCUUUUGUUAA